GGCUGUCACAAGUGUGGGGAGGAGGGGCAUUUUGCUCGCGAAUGCCCAUCGGCUGGUGGAGGAGGCGGCGGUGGCGGGCAAGGCUGUCGCAAGUGUGGAGAGGACGGGCAUUUUGCCCGGGAAUGUCCUACUGGUGGUGGCGUGAAGGGCUGUUUCAAGUGUGGCCAGGAGGGUCACCUGGCACGCGAAUGCCCGGAUGCAGAGGCCACGGGUGAUGGAGCAGAUGUCCCGAAAGCUGUUACCUACAUCCCGGUCGAGCGCGGAGAGACGGAGGAGGACAUGUUUGGGAACUACAUCCACGCCGGCAUCAACUUUGCCAAGUACGACAACAUUCCGCACAGUGUUACAGGGGAUUCCCCUCCGAAGGAAAUCUCGUCGUUUGAAGAGGCUGGUCUUGGAGAGACGUUCCUGCAGAAUGUGAGGCGAGCUCACUAUGUGAAACCAACGCCGAUACAGAAGCUGGCGAUUCCCGCCGUAAAUGCCGGCCGUGACGUCAUGGCCUGUGCACAGACCGGCUCCGGCAAGACGGCUGCGUUCCUGCUGCCCGUGCUAAAGGGUAUCGUUGCCACGGGUCUCGAAGGAUCGUCGAUCCCCGGAGCGCAGCAGCCGUACGCUGUCGUUGUGGCGCCGACGCGAGAGCUUGCAGUGCAGAUCCAGGAGGAGGCUCGCAAGUUUUCGUACAACACGGUGGUGAAGUGCGUCGUGGCGUACGGCGGCGUGUCGGUGAUGUACCAGCUGAAGAACCUCGAUCGAGGCUGUCACAUCCUCGUCGCCACGCCGGGAAGACUGAUGGACUUUGUCGGCAGAGGAAAGGUGUCGCUGGCAAAGUGUUGUUACCUGAUCCUGGACGAGGCAGACCGCAUGCUGGACAUGGGCUUCCUGCCAGAGAUCCGCAAGCUCGUCACCACCUUCGACAUGCCGGAUAAAUCCGAGCGGCAGACAAUGAUGUUCAGUGCCACGUUCCCCAACGAGAUCCAGAACCUUGCGGCAGAAUUCAUGAACAACUAUCUGUUCAUCGUCAUUGGCAUUGUCGGCGGAGCGAACAGCGACGUCGAGCAGACAAUAUUUCAGGUUGAGAAGGGAGAGAAGCAAGACAAGCUGAACGAACUACUGAAUGCGUCAGGCAAUGAUCGUACGUUAGUCUUCGUCGAAAGGAAGCGAAUGGCAGACUUUGUGUGUACGUGGCUGUGUCAGAACGAUCAUCCGGCUACGAGCAUUCACGGCGACCGCGAGCAGGCGCAGCGCGAGGAGGCGUUGCGCGACUUCCGCUAUGGUAAGGCGCGCGUGCUCGUUGCCACCCAGGUGGCAGCACGCGGCCUCGACAUCCCCGACGUGAAGCACGUCAUUAACUACGACCUGCCGAAGGAGAUUGACGAGUACGUUCACCGCAUCGGUCGCACGGGCCGCGUCGGAAACGUAGGGCGCGCCUCGAGUUUCUAUGACAGCAGCGACGACGCCCACCUAGCCGGCGACCUCGUGAAGAUCCUGAGCGACGCUCAGCAAAUGGUGCCAGACUGGUUGCAGGAGGCAGCAAGUCAUGGCGGUGGGGGCGGUGGUGGCGGCUACAGGGGAGGCGGCGGCGGAACCUUCGGUGGCAGAGACGUCCGCCGCGGGCAGUAUGGCUCCAACUCAGGCAACGACUAUGAAAGCAGCAGCGCACCAUUUGGUUCCACGGCCGCUGCAGUUUCCGUGGCUGAGGUUUGGGACUGAAACUAGUCAAACGAGGUUGAGACACAUUGUAGGACCUGUCCCCUGGCUAUGCCGGUUACCACCUGGUUACUGGAAUAAAUGACAGUGCAUUAAUUUAGUUGAAGUUUUUUUAAACGUUAUUGUUCGUAACCAAUAUAUAUAUAUAUAUACAUACGAGUGUGCGCUGUUAUUUGCCAUACCUUAGUUUUGGCAAUGUCCAAUGUUAUUUUUUGCAGCGGAGUGUAGUUGUGCUGUUUUGGGGGUCAACUUCAUUAAAAGGGGCAGAAUUCUAUUCUUAAUAGGCAGAAUAUCAAUCUCAGCUGUUUCAGCCUGACCUAUAAACACAUUUGUCAAAUGAAUUUAGGUCCCGGUUGUAAACCAAGCAAGGUCUCUGCAAGGUGCGUACAUUUACCAGUAUUACUAAGUGCAGACGUGGCAGUGUCUUGCGUGCGAGAGAGAGAGAGAGAGCAUGGCCGACAAUUUGUUUCGAAUGUCAUGCGUGUGUGCAUGUGGAGUCGCUGUGUGAGUGGCUGACUGGCUGAUAGUCACGGUGGGUGCUGUUGGUGGGUUGUCAUGUUACUUGUGCUCGGCAGCACAGAUGCACCCCCACGGAGGUCAUUUGUGCUGCCAAUAGGGAGAAACUGAAGGGUACCUGCGAGACAUUUGCCAGCACAGCUUUGCACGUGUGUGGUGCUGGUAUAGCUUGUGGCAUGUGUGCCGUCUUGGCUACCCCGAGAGGCAGACUGACAGACUUGGAUGUGGUAGUAGUUAACACAUUAAUGAUAGCAGCUCACGAUGUUGGAAGCCUUGAAAAUCUGACUGACGUCGUGUUCCUUGUGAGUAGUAUCAAGAGCAUAUAAAGAAGGAGAGCGUACAACGGUGAAAUGCUGAAACCAUGUUGCAGUAUUAGUCGAAUAAAU